AUGUGGUCCCAGAUGGAACCUACACGAAAGUCAAUGUGGUUACAGAGGAACCACCUCACUGAAGUUCGUCCCAGAGGAAACCAACCUACACGAAAGUGUGGUUACAGAGGAACUAACAUCACUGAAGUUCUAUGUGGUCCCCAGAGAACCAACCUCCACGAAAGUCAAGGAGUGGUUACAGAGGAACUAACCCUCACUGAAGUUCUAUGUGGUCCCAGAGGAACCAACCUACACGAAAGUCAAUGUGGUUACAGAGGAACUAACCUCACUGAAGUUCUUUUUGAUUUGGUCCAAGAGGAACCAACCUACAUCAAAAGGUUAAGAGGAACUAACCUCACUGAAAUUCUUUGUGUUCCAAGAGGAACCAACCUACACGAAAGUCAAUGUGGUUACAGAGGAACUAACUCACUGAAGUUUAUGGUCCCAGAGGAAAACCAACCUACGAAAGUCAAUGUGGUUACAGAGGAACUAACCUCACUGAAAUUCUUUGUGGUCCCAGGAGGAACCAACCUACACGAAAGUCAAUGUGGGUUACAGGAGAACCAACCUCACUGA